AUGGCGCGUCGCGCGGGCGACACCUGGGGCAACUUCCUGGCCCGCCUCUCGCCUCGCACCACGCCUCGACCCCUCCACAGCGCUGCCAGCAGCCCCAACCUCACCACAGCGGCCUCAUCAUCUUCAUCGCCCGCGCUGCCCGUCCAACGCGCGGAAGACGACAAAGCGGCCAAGGCGAGCAGCAGCAGCAGGAGCGCGAAGAAGAACAAACCGACGCGGACGCGCUCCGACGACCGCAUCGAUUGGGGCAAGGAUCGCAUCCACCCGUCCACUUCGUCCGCGUCAUCGUCGUCGUCGCAGCAGCUUCCCGCAGGCUCGGCCGGAGUGCGGUCGCGCUCCCUCUCGCCGGUCCGGCGGACCGACAAAGUCGACCGCAAUGGAGGCAAGCACAAGAAACGCAACCACUGA